CCGCCGCCGCCGCCGCCGCCGCGCCCGCGGCACCAUGACCGCUGCGAGCACUGGGGUUACAGACUGCAGUCUUGUACUGGCUCCCCCAAGCUAACUUCAGCAUGCUCAAACGGAAGCAGAGCUCCCGGGUGGAGGCCCAGCCGGUGACGGACUUCGGUCCCGAUGAAUCUUUGUCAGACAACGCUGACAUACUCUGGAUUAACAAGCCAUGGGUUCACUCUUUGCUGCGCAUCUGUGCCAUCAUCAGCGUCAUUUCCGUCUGUAUGAACACGCCCAUGACGUUCGAGCACUACCCUCCUCUGCAGUAUGUGACUUUCACUCUGGAUACUCUGCUGAUGUUUCUCUACACGGCAGAGAUGAUAGCAAAAAUGCACAUCCGGGGUAUUGUCAAGGGGGAUAGUUCCUAUGUGAAAGAUCGCUGGUGUGUUUUUGAUGGAUUUAUGGUCUUCUGCCUUUGGGUUUCAUUGGUGUUACAGGUAUUUGAAAUUGCUGAUAUAGUUGACCAGAUGUCACCCUGGGGCAUGUUGCGGAUUCCAAGGCCACUGAUUAUGAUUCGGGCGUUCCGAAUUUAUUUCCGAUUUGAGCUACCAAGGACCAGGAUUACAAACAUUUUAAAGCGAUCGGGAGAACAAAUAUGGAGCGUUUCAAUUUUCCUACUUUUCUUUCUACUUCUUUAUGGAAUUUUAGGAGUUCAGAUGUUUGGAACAUUUACCUAUCACUGUGUAGUAAAUGACACAAAACCAGGAAACGUAACCUGGAAUAGCUUAGCUAUCCCAGAUACGCACUGCUCACCAGAGCUGGAGGAAGGCUACCAGUGCCCCCCAGGAUUUAAAUGCAUGGAUCUGGAAGACCUGGGACUUAGCAGGCAAGAGCUGGGCUACAGUGGCUUUAAUGAGAUAGGCACCAGCAUAUUCACAGUCUACGAGGCUGCGUCCCAGGAAGGCUGGGUGUUCCUCAUGUACAGAGCCAUUGACAGCUUCCCGCGAUGGCGGUCCUACUUCUACUUCAUCACACUCAUCUUCUUCCUGGCCUGGCUUGUGAAGAAUGUUUUCAUCGCUGUCAUCAUCGAAACAUUUGCAGAGAUCAGGGUACAGUUUCAACAGAUGUGGGGAUCGAGGAGCAGUACGACGUCAACAGCCACCACCCAGAUGUUUCAUGAAGACGCUGCUGGUGGCUGGCAACUGGUAGCUGUGGAUGUCAACAAGCCCCAGGGACGUGCCCCAGCCUGCCUCCAGCAAAUGAUGCGGUCGUCCGUUUUCCACAUGUUCAUCCUGAGCAUGGUGACUGUGGAUGUGAUAGUGGCCGCGAGCAACUACCACAAAGGAGAAAGCUUCAGGAGGCAGUACGACGAGUUCUAUCUCGCAGAGGUGGCUUUUACAGUACUUUUUGAUUUAGAAGCACUUCUGAAGAUAUGGUGUUUGGGAUUUACUGGAUAUAUUAGCUCAUCUCUCCACAAAUUUGAACUACUACUCGUAAUUGGAACUACUCUCCAUGUAUAUCCAGAUCUUUAUCAUUCUCAGUUCACAUACUUUCAGGUUCUUCGGGUAGUUCGACUUAUUAAGAUUUCUCCAGCACUGGAAGACUUUGUGUAUAAGAUAUUCGGUCCUGGAAAAAAGCUGGGGAGUUUGGUUGUAUUUACUGCCAGCCUCCUGAUCGUAAUGUCAGCAAUUAGUCUGCAGAUGUUCUGCUUUGUUGAAGAACUGGACAGGUUUACAACGUUUCCGAGGGCAUUUAUGUCCAUGUUCCAGAUCCUCACCCAGGAAGGAUGGGUAGACGUGAUGGACCAAACUCUGAAUGCUGUGGGCCACAUGUGGGCUCCUGUGGUGGCCAUCUAUUUCAUUCUGUACCAUCUCUUUGCCACUCUGAUCCUCCUGAGUUUGUUUGUUGCUGUUAUUUUGGACAACUUAGAACUUGAUGAAGAUCUAAAGAAGCUUAAACAAUUAAAGCAAAGUGAAGCGAACGCGGACACCAAAGAGAAGCUCCCUUUGCGACUUCGAAUCUUUGAGAAAUUUCCAAACAGGCCGCAAAUGGUGAAAAUCUCAAAGCUUCCUUCAGAUUUUACCGUUCCUAAAAUCAGGGAAAGUUUCAUGAAGCAGUUCAUUGAUCGUCAGCAACAGGACACCUGCUGCCUCUUACGAAGCCUUCCGUCCACCUCUUCCUCAUGUGAUCACUCCAAACGGUCUGCAGUCGAAGACAACAAAUACAUCGACCAAAAACUUCGCAAGUCCGUUUUCAGCAUCAGGGCAAGGAAUCUUCUAGAAAAGGAGACUGCAGUCACUAAAAUCUUAAGCAAGAGGCCAUUACAGAGGAGCUCACCUAUUAGCAUCUGUGGCUGUGUCCCCUUUGGAGGAUUUCAUCGUCACUCUCCUAGCAUCAGAGCCUGCACUCGACAACGCAUGCUGAGUGGAUCAUUUGAGGGGCAGCCUGCAAAGGAAAGGUCAAUUCUCAGUGUGCAGCAUCAUAUCCGCCAGGAGCGCAGGUCACUGAGACACGGAUCCAACAGCCAGAGGAUCAGCAGGGGGAAAUCUCUCGAAACCCUGACUCAAGAUCAUUCCAAUACAGUGAGAUAUAGAAACGCACAACGAGAAGACAGUGAAAUCAAGAUGAUCCAGGAAAAAAAGGAACAAGCAGAAAUGAAAAGGAAAGUGCAGGAAGAGGAGCUGAGAGAGAAUCACCCCUACUUCGACAAGCCGCUGUUCAUCGUUGGACGGGAGCACAGGUUCAGAAACUUCUGCCGGGUGGUGGUCCGGGCACGCUUCAACGCAUCUAAAACAGAUCCCGUCACAGGAGCCGUGAAGAAUACCAAGUACCAUCAGCUUUAUGAUUUACUGGGAUUGGUGACUUACCUGGACUGGGUCAUGAUCAUCGUGACCAUCUGUUCCUGCAUUUCCAUGAUGUUUGAGUCCCCCUUUCGAAGAGUCAUGCACGCCCCGACGUUGCAGAUUGCUGAGUACGUGUUUGUGAUAUUCAUGAGCAUCGAGCUGAAUCUGAAGAUUAUGGCAGAUGGCCUCUUUUUCACUCCAACUGCUGUCAUCAGGGACUUUGGUGGAGUCAUGGACAUAUUUAUAUAUCUUGUGAGCUUGAUAUUUCUCUGCUGGAUGCCCCAAAACGUGCCUGCCGAAUCGGGAGCUCAGCUUCUAAUGGUUCUCCGGUGCCUGAGACCUCUGCGGAUAUUCAAACUCGUGCCCCAGAUGAGGAAAGUGGUUCGAGAACUUUUCAGCGGCUUCAAGGAAAUUUUCUUGGUCUCCAUCCUUUUGUUGACAUUAAUGCUAGUUUUUGCAAGCUUUGGAGUUCAGCUUUUUGCGGGAAAACUGGCCAAGUGCAAUGAUCCCAACAUUAUUAGAAGGGAAGAUUGUAAUGGCAUAUUCAGAAUUAAUGUAAGUGUGUCCAAGAACUUAAAUUUAAAACUAAGACCUGGAGAGAAAAAGCCUGGAUUUUGGGUGCCCCGUGUUUGGGCAAAUCCUCGGAAUUUUAAUUUCGACAAUGUGGGAAAUGCUAUGCUGGCGUUGUUUGAAGUGCUCUCCCUGAAAGGCUGGGUGGAAGUGAGGGAUGUUAUUAUUCAUCGUGUGGGGCCGAUGCAUGGGAUCUAUAUUCAUGUUUUUGUAUUCCUGGGCUGCAUGAUUGGACUGACCCUUUUUGUUGGAGUAGUUAUUGCUAAUUUCAAUGAAAACAAGGGGACAGCUCUGCUGACUGUAGAUCAGAGAAGAUGGGAAGAUCUGAAGAGCCGACUGAAGAUAGCACAGCCUCUUCAUCUCCCACCUCGCCCGGAUAAUGAUGGAUUUAGAGCUAAGAUGUACGACAUAACCCAGCAUCCGUUCUUUAAGAGGACAAUUGCCCUGCUUGUCCUGGCCCAGUCGGUGCUGUUGUCCGUCAAGUGGGACGUGGAGGACCCCGUGACGGUCCCUUUAGCAACCAUGUCUGUUGUGUUCACCUUCAUCUUCGUUCUGGAGGUUACGAUGAAGAUCAUAGCAAUGUCACCUGCCGGCUUCUGGCAAAGCAGACGAAACCGAUACGACCUGCUGGUGACAUCGCUUGGCGUGGUCUGGGUGGUACUUCACUUUGCCCUCCUGAACGCAUAUACCUACAUGAUGGGUGCCUGUGUGAUUGUCUUCCGGUUUUUCUCUAUCUGUGGAAAGCAUGUGACGCUGAAGAUGCUGCUCCUGACGGUGGUCGUCAGCAUGUAUAAGAGCUUCUUCAUCAUCGUAGGGAUGUUCUUACUGCUCUUGUGUUACGCUUUUGCCGGAGUUGUUUUAUUUGGCACUGUGAAAUACGGAGAGAACAUUAACAGGCAUGCCAACUUUUCUUCAGCGGGAAAAGCCAUCACGGUACUCUUCCGAAUUGUCACAGGCGAAGACUGGAAUAAGAUUAUGCAUGACUGUAUGGUCCAGCCUCCCUUUUGCACUCCAGAUGAAUUCACAUACUGGGCAACAGACUGUGGAAAUUAUGCUGGGGCGCUUAUGUAUUUCUGUUCAUUUUAUGUCAUCAUUGCCUACAUCAUGCUAAAUCUGCUUGUAGCCAUCAUUGUGGAGAAUUUCUCCUUGUUUUAUUCCACAGAGGAGGAUCAGCUUCUAAGUUAUAACGAUCUUCGCCACUUUCAAAUCAUAUGGAAUAUGGUGGAUGAUAAACGAGAGGGUGUGAUUCCGACUUUCCGGGUCAAGUUCCUGCUGAGGCUGCUGCGGGGGAGGUUGGAGGUGGAUCUGGACAAAGACAAGCUCCUAUUUAAGCACAUGUGCUACGAAAUGGAGAGGCUGCAUAACGGUGGUGACGUCACUUUCCACGACGUCCUCAGCAUGCUCUCCUACCGGUCGGUUGACAUCCGGAAGAGUCUGCAGCUGGAGGAGCUGCUGGCCAGGGAGCAGCUGGAGUACACUAUCGAGGAGGAGGUGGCCAAGCAGACCAUCCGCAUGUGGCUGAAAAAGUGCUUAAAGCGCAUCAGAGCUAAACAGCAACAAUCUUGUAGCAUCAUCCACAGCCUGAGAGAGAGCCAGCAGCAGGAGCUGAGCCGCUUCCUGAAUCCUCCCAGUAUCGAGACCACCCAGCCCAGUGAGGACAUGAACGCUAACAGUCAGGAUAAUAACAUGCAACCGGAGACCAGCAGCCAGCAGCAGCUCCUGAGCCCCACGCUGUCCGACCGAGGGGGCAGCCGGCAGGACGCCGCGGACCCCGGGAAACCCCAAAGGAAGUUCGGGCAGUGGCGGCUGCCCUCAGCACCCAAACCAAUAAGCCACUCCGUGUCUUCGGUCAACUUGCGAUUUGCAGGGCGCACAACUAUGAAAUCUGUAGUGUGCAAAAUGAACCCCAUGCCCGACACGGCGUCGUGUGGUUCGGAGGUUAAGAAGUGGUGGACCCGGCAGCUGACGGUGGAGAGCGACGAAAGUGGCGAUGACCUUCUGGAUAUUUAGGCGGGGGACUCAGUGCAGAGCAGGGUCUCAUGGGGAACCCUGUUCUGUGACAUUUUUC